CGGAGCCGGCGCUCGGGUCCCUCAGUCGGAGCUCGGCGCUGGCCCAGGGAGGAGCUGCUGUGAGGCCCGAGAGCGAGCGCCUCCUCCCGACCCCGGUCCGUCCUGCCGAGCCCCGAGGAUGAUAAACACCCAGGACAGUAGUAUUUUGCCUUUGAGUAACUGCCCUCAACUCCAGUGCUGCAGGCACAUCGUCCCAGGGCCUCUGUGGUGCUCCGAUGCCCCUCACCCACUGUCGAAGAUCCCCGGUGGGCGAGGGGGUAGCAGGGAUCCUUCUCCCUCAGCUUUGAUAUAUAAGGAUGAAAAGCUCACUGUUAACCAAGAUCUUCCAGUGCAUGAUGGGAAACCACACAUUGUUCACUUCCAGUACAAAGUGACAGAAGGCAAGACCUCUUCCUGGGAUGCGGUGGUAUCCAAUCAGAGUCUUUUUGUGGAAAUCCCUGAUGGUUUAUUAGCUGAUGGGAGUAAAGAAGGAUUAUUAGCACUGUUGGAAUUUGCUGAAGAAAAAAUGAAAGCAAGUUAUGUCUUCAUUUGCUUCCGCAAAAGCAGAGAAGACAGAGCUCCGUUACUGAAAACAUUCAGUUUUUUGGGCUUUGAAAUUGUGAGGCCUGGCCACCCCUGUGUCCCAUCUCGGCCAGACGUGUUGUUCAUGGUUUACCCCCUGGAUCAGGUCUCUUCCGAUGACGAUUAGACCCUGUGCAGCACUUCAGAGGGACCUGAAUAUGCUUCGGAGACAAGAGGGGGCUAAGACUCCUUUUCUGACGAAAGGAAAAACAAAAUUCUUCUGGACUGAAACUGCAUUUCUUAUUGUUAGAGUGACCUGUAUAUCUUCUGAGUUGACUUUUCCAUUGAAAUGUGUUACCUAGCGAAUAAUAUAAAGUCUGCACGUGUAAUCGCACAAUCGUAAAUGGAAGGUAAAUGGAGCCCUGUCGAAAGAGCUCUGCGGUCCGCUGAUUAGCCUUGUGGAGACAUCCUGUCCAGCCAGUCGGUGGGCAAGGAGCCCACGAAUGAAGAAGAGGGCAGGCUUCAUGACUUGUUAAAUUAGCAUUGGCUUUUCUGUUCAUUUGGCUCUCAUUUUACAUGUAUGCUUUUUUGAUGUCCCCCUCACCCUUAAGCAGGGGACAGGAUGCUUUGAGUGUUAGAGGUGUGAGGAACGUAAGCCCUGUUUAGCAUAUCAGAGAUGGUACCUCCAAGGUAGCCCAACAUGAGAGGAGGUGGCUCUCAAAAGCUUUGUGCUCUUCUAGCCUUAUAGUAGGUAAAACUAUUAACACUGCAUUAGUGCAGCUUUCAAUAAAAAGGGGCAUUAAAAAAAAAGCUGGGAAGCUGGGCCUGCUUUUUAGAGAAAUACAAAAUGGAACGUAGCCUCAUAACAUACAAGCAUUGUCUCUGGACAUGAUGAUCAUAGGACAGUUGCCCUAGGUUUUAAAGACUGGGCAAGUGUGAGGAGUAAGUAAUGUGGGAGGGGGGGGGGUCAUGAUUACAUCUUGUAAUAAGAGGUGAAGGAGACGGGGCCUCCAAGGACAGAUACCUGGUCUCUGAUGCCUUUACAGCCAGUCCUGCCCCAAGAACCUCCAGAAAUGGAUUCCAGAAAGUACACAGCUUGAUUGGACCCCAUGGCCCUUCUUAGACUGUAGUCCUACAAACUCUUACCCCCUCUGCCUUGUAAUUGGGACUCCAUUCUGCUUAAACAUGCAUGGGGGGAAGUUAAGCAUUGGGAAAGCUUUCCUAAAAGUAAAUUCCAGUUCACUGUAGUGAAGAUCCAUGACAUGUCCUUCCCUCAAUGUUCUCUAGAACAUACUGUUCUAGGUGUGAACAUGAAAAGGUUAAUAUGCAAGAAUAGAAAAGGGACAGCCAGCUUGCUUAUUUCCCCUUAAACUAAACAGCCUGUUGGAACAGGGUGUGUAAUGUAUAGGGACAAAAACUGUAACCACCCAGUUACUUACGCAUUUCUUAAAUGAUGGUGACCUGACGCACUUGAAACUUUUGAGAGAUCUUUUCCUGUGCUGAUUUGGUCAUCUCCCAUACUAGAUCUAAGCACAGCUGGUACAAAAAGCAAAGAUGACCCAAGCCAGUCUCAAGAGGGAACAAAACUAUGAAAUGGGCUCUCUUUUGAGUCAGUCAGUCUGCUGCUUGCCCAGUGCGAUGUUCACAUGUAUUGCGCACCUGGAUCUAGCUGUUGGCAGGCAGGAAUGCAUUGCCCAGGAAGUGGCUGGUGAGCAGAUUUCUGCUGGGAUCCGCCCCCUAGCCUGGCAGCAGAAAAUAGCCACUGCACUGUCAGAAGUAGAAAGCAUCUAAACCUGGGUGCCUGGAGGAGGCCUUGUAAGUCGGACCUGUAGAGUGAUGGUACAAGAACAGUCUAGCCACCUGAGAAGUCCCUUCACAUGGCCCUACUAGAGGGUGGUGAGAAAGUUGUUUGCCUACAGAAGUGCAAUAAAGGUUUUCCUCAAGACACAGCAGGGCAAAAGACAGCUAGUUUACCAAGGUAGUUUCAAAUCUGCUGAGCUGCUGCAAAGCAGUUCAAUUUCACUUCCUUACAUUCAUGGUGUUAUUCCCGCGCUUCCUCUUUCUGUAUCAUUGUGCCCCCCCCUUUCAAAAAACACAUUCUUGGCAUUUUUUUACUACUUCCUUAAGGUUUAGUGGCUCUUCUGUACUUGGCUUUAGAUCUUUCACAAAGUAACACUUCUAUCAGUGGCAAUUCUUAGUUGACUGUACCAUGGAACUGCAUUUAUCUAUCAUGGAAGCAUUACUCCAGAGACUUGUGUUAAUCUUGCUGCUUUGAAAUGUCUCAGUCAUCUCUGGUUGUCAGCCAUUCAAGAGAUACUUUUGAGUGUGUACUGAGGAUUUCCUGUCAUUUCAUGCUGUAGAUCACACUUCCCCCUACCUUUUCAAGCUGGAUAAUUUCCACCAUCUUUUGACUAUUGUAUAAGCAGUAAACUUCAGUCUUACAUACUGUAAUUCA